AACACCUCAGGAAUAUGCAUCUGGGCACGUCGCAGGAUCCUCCAACAUUCCUUUCAUGCUCACCGCUUCUGACGGAUCUAUGGUUAGAAAUGCCGAGUUCCUGGAUCAAGUGAAGACGAAGUACUCGCCCGACACGCCGCUUGUUCGGGCCUGUCGGAGUGGAAAGCGGUCAAAUAUAGCUGCAAACGUCCUAAGAGAUCUG